ACAACUUCGGUUGAGCUUCACCUUCCUAAACCUCUCCCGGAUUCCUUUCAUGGACGAGAUCCUCCGUCGCUUUCGUUCGUUGUUGAUAAAUAGCAGCCAUUUGCUCAACUCGCUCUCUUGCAGAUCGGAGCAAGGAAGCGAGGCGUGAUGGCAGGCGUAGUCCCGAAGAUCUCCUUCCCUUCCUCUCCUGCUAGGAUCUCUGGGUUCACCUCGCCUCGAUGGCCGACCUGCAAGUUCACAUCUCUGUCUAGAUCCACGUUGUCGAGGGCUUCCCUCAGCGUCCGGAGGGCCUCCUCGGCUUCCACGAUCUCGGAUACCUUCUCUCGUCUGAAGGAACAAGGGAAGGUUGCAUUGAUACCUUUUAUCACUGCUGGAGAUCCUGAUCUAUCCACAACAUCAGAAGCAUUGAAAAUUUUAGAUUCUUCAGGUUCGGACUUGAUCGAAUUAGGCGUUCCCUACUCUGAUCCUUUGGCAGAUGGACCUGUAAUUCAGGCUGCUGCUACACGUGCAUUAGAGAAUGGAACGAACUUUGAUGGUGUUAUAUCAAUGCUAAGGGAGGUAAUACCUCAAUUAUCAUGCCCAAUUUCUCUCUUCACAUAUUACAAUCCAAUCCUAAAGCGUGGAGUUGAGAAGUUCAUGUCUACUAUAGAAGAAGUUGGUGUACGUGGGCUUGUUGUGCCCGAUGUUCCUUUAGAGGAGAAUGAAAGUUUAAGAAAAGAGGCCAUUAAGCAUAACAUUGAGUUGGUUCUGCUUUCAACACCGACCACUCCGCCUGAACGAAUGAAAGAAAUUGCACAAGCUUCAGAAGGAUUCAUAUACUUGGUGGCCACUGUUGGUGUUACUGGUGCUCGUGCAUCUGUUAACUUGCAAUUACAAUCUCUUCUGCAAGAGAUUAAAGAGGUUUUCAAUCUCAUGUCUUUCUGCCAUUUUGCAACCCCUAAACCAGUUGCAGUUGGGUUCGGAAUAUCGAAGCCUGAGCAUGUCAAGCAGGUAGCCGGAUGGGGAGCAGAUGGUGUGAUUGUCGGCAGUGCAUUCGUUAAGCUUCUAGGCGAGGCGAAAUCCUCCGAUGAAGGGCUAAAGCAACUCGAAACCUUCACUCGCUCCUUGAAAGCUGCGCUUCCCUGAGAUGGAACCAGACCGAUAAAUAAGGAAGACGAUCAUAAUCCUUCCUUUUGCCCUCCCCUUCUACUUAACUUUCUCAAUUUGAAUAAGCAUGCCUUGUGCCAUCUAUUGUAUUAUGGUUCCUGUUCCUAGACAUUGAUUCAUUCGGAAAAUAAUAAAAUGAUGGCCAAUGCAUCAUUCAAGGUCCUUGUAGAAUAACAUUCAAGUACCCUGUCCUCACGGGUGUGCAUAAGUUGAGCUCCGAAUUUACUCAAUAAUACUUUAAAUCUUUGUCACAA